AUUCAUUACGUCAGGCGCAGAAAAAGAAGAAAGGGAGAAAGCGAGAGAAGGUUAAGAUGCCCACAAAUCAGUUUAGAGGGUAGAUGGCUCAUCCUAACCAUCCUUUCGUUCUAAUUCUAUAGCUUGGAUUGAUUGCAAGAUUAGCCAUAAUAUAGUGGGUCUUAGAAGACUAAUUAUAGCAGUAUUACCCCAAAAGCGAAAAUUGAUCUGGGUUGCGGGGUCUGAGUAAAGAAGAAGAAAAAGAAGAAGAGGAGGGGUUGGUUUCGAUGGCGAAGCUAUACGUGAAGGCAGUGCCACCGGCGGAUCUGAACCGGAAUACGGAGUGGUUCACCUACCCGGGUGUAUGGACCACCUACAUAUUGAUCCUAUUCUUCGCGUGGCUGCUGGUUCUCUCCAUCUUCGGCUGCACUCCUGGCAUGGCUUGGACUGUCGUCAAUCUUUCCCACUUCGUCGUCACCUAUCACUUUUUUCACUGGAAGAAAGGAACUCCAUUUGCUGAUGACCAGGGGAUCUAUAAUGCAUUGACUUGGUGGGAGCAGAUUGACAAUGGAAAACAGCUCACUCGGAAUAGGAAGUUCCUAACAGUUGUACCAGUUGUCCUGUACUUGAUAGCUUCACACACAACUGACUACCAGAAUCCAAUGCUUUUCUUCAACACUGUUGCGGUGCUUGUGCUAGUGGUUGCCAAGUUCCCCAACAUGCACAAGGUUCGUAUAUUUGGAAUCAAUGGGGAGGAGUGAGAUGGGAAAACAAACUAAAAGAACUGCUUGGAUUACACUGAAUAUAAGCCCGUGUUCCUUCCUCGUCCUGCAGAAGGGUUCUUGAUGUACAGAGGUCAGAACUGGAAAGGAUAUUUUGCUCAUGUAGCAUUUUUUGUGUCUUAAACUGCUUUUGUAUGCCUUUGGAGAUUGAAGCAAUAAAUGUAUCGAGUAAUCUCUGUAUAGCAGUAGUGUUAUUGUGAUGUCCAAGAGUACAAUAUUUUGUUUGUAUUUCAUAUGGUUCUCUCGAUAAUUAUGUCUCUUUCAAUCUCUUUGACUUAUAGCUGGAAAAUGAAUGGACAAGCAAGUGAAAAUAUGAAUCCUUGCUGGGUCUGACGUCUGAGGUAAGACGAAGGUUUUUAAAUUA